AUGGACCCGAUGGACGUUCCCGUUCCUGAUAUAAAGAAAUUAUUCGAUCGUGAUGGUUAUUUGAAGCCGUACGAAAAGGAAAUACGCAGAAGAUAUGGCUGCUUUAGAGAUAUCUGGGAAAAGAUGGAGUCCUGGGAAGGAGGAGUACAGGGAUUUACAUCUGCUUAUAAAUAUUAUGGACCACAGUUUGGCGCUGAUGGCUCUGUGACUUGGAGAGAGUGGGCGCCUGGCGCACAUUCCAUACAUCUUCAGGGAGAUUUUAAUGGCUGGAAUUCAAAGAGUCACCCAUUUAAUAAGUUGGAAUUUGGUAAAUGGGAGCUAUACAUUCCUCCAAAUUCAGAUGGUUCUUGUCAAUUGCAACACCAGAGUCGUGUGCAGAUCAUCAUUAAUGACAACCUUUACCGUGUUUCACCUUGGGCCAGUUACGUUAAGCCUUAUGAAGGUUUUACAUAUCAGCAGUUCAUUUAUCGACCUGACAAUCCUUACAAAUUCAAACAUUCUAAAGUACCGAGACGUGCUUCUCUGCGCAUCUAUGAGUGUCAUGUUGGCAUAGCCACCCCUGAGGGACGCGUCGGUACAUACACAGAGUUUAAAGACAAUGUUCUUUUGAGAAUAAAAAAUUUGGGCUAUAAUGCUAUUCAGCUGAUGGCUAUAAUGGAGCAUGCUUAUUAUGCCUCCUUCGGUUACCAAGUGACAAGCUUCUUUGCCGCUAGCAGCCGCUAUGGAACCCCGUGUGAACUCAAAGAGCUGAUAGACCGCGCUCACGAGCUCGGAAUAUACGUUUUACUGGACGUUGUCCAUUCACAUGCAUCUAAGAACACCUUGGAUGGUCUUAACGAGUUUGAUGGUACCACGGCUUGCUUCUUCCACGAUGGACCGCGUGGAACACACUCCCUUUGGGAUAGUAGACUGUUUAACUAUUCAGAAACUGAGGUGCUAAGAUUUUUGCUGUCAAAUCUGCGAUGGUAUCAAGAAGAGUACCAGUUUGACGGUUUCAGAUUUGAUGGAGUGACAUCCAUGUUGUACCACAGCCGUGGCAUCGGUGAAGGGUUUUCAGGACACUAUGACGAAUACUACGGUUUGAACGUAGACACAGAGGCACUCGUCUACCUAAUGUUGGCCAAUGAACUAGUACAUAAUACAGACAAUAGAGCUAUAACUAUUGCAGAGGAUGUAUCAGGAAUGCCAGCGACCGGCCGGCCGGUUCAGGAAGGCGGUACCGGGUUCGAUUACCGUCUGGGAAUGGCUAUUCCUGAUAUGUGGAUUAAGUUGCUUAAGGAGGAACGCGAUGAGGAUUGGAAGAUGGGACAUAUUGUGCAUACCCUUACUAACAGACGGUGGAUGGAAGGCACUGUAGCUUACGCUGAGAGUCACGACCAGGCGCUAGUAGGCGAUAAGACCAUCGCCUUUUGGCUGAUGGAUAAAGAGAUGUACACGCACAUGAGCACACUCAGCGACCCCAGCCCAGUUAUAGAGCGUGGGUUGGCGCUUCACUGCAUGAUCCGUCUCAUUACAAACGCGCUCGGUGGCGAAGCUUAUCUCAAUUUCAUUGGUAAUGAAUUCGGCCACCCCGAGUGGCUGGACUUCCCUCGCGCGGGGAACAACUCCUCAUACCACUAUGCGCGUAGACAAUGGCACCUCGUCGACGAUGAAUUGCUCAAAUACAAGUACCUGAAUAACUUUGAUAAGGACAUGCACGCUCUAGAAGAAAAACACGGAUGGUUGAGGUCAGAUCCAGGCUAUGUCUCCUGCAAACACGAAGGCGACAAAGUGAUAGCAUUCGAGCGCGCUGGUCUGUUAUUCGUGUUCAACUUCCAUCCAUUCCAGAGCUUCACUGAUUACAGGAUCGGAAUGGAUGUGCCCGGAAAAUACCAAGCCGUUUUAUGCUCGGAUAGUAAGAAAUAUGGUGGUUUUGGUCGCGUCGAACCGGAUGGAGAAUUCCAUUUGACGCAAAAUGUUGCAUGGGGAAAUAGAAGGGAUUCUGUACAAGUGUACAUUCCGUGCCGUACAGCCAUUGUUUAUGCAAAAUGCGAAUAA